AUGUCGUCCUGGCUAUCUUCGGUUUUAUCGAGGGUACUUCCGCCGUCCCGAGGGGACAGCCAUGGCCGGGACAGUGCACCAUCGGACUUACUUCCAGAUCACGAUCUUCACAACUCCUGGGGAUGCAAUUACUCAGCCCAGAGCGUCUUGAAUCAUGAACGAAUACUGCCUUUGUGGGAACAGUAUGGGCGUGACCCAACCGGAGUCCGGCGAAAUUACCACAACCUGCUCAGGGAAUAUACUGCUCUCUUCCGGGACUUCUUCGACGGAUACUAUCCAAUUUCAUUGCACGGCCAUGUCAGCGACGCACUACUUCCGACCACAGUCUCUAGCCUGAUUCAGAACACUUGCGCAACCAGUCCUUUAGUUUUGAACAAUCCGACUUUGGCUCCAAGUUCAUCCGCCGGGGAAGACGGGAGGAAAAUCCAGCAGUUUGUAUUGGAUUAUCUAGGGUGGGAGCAAUUGCAUGUAGAGCAACCAAAAUUUGCGGUUGUUCAGGGAUUGUAUGGGGCUGCGUUUGGUCCUCUUGCUCAUGCCUCCAAAGAAUGGGAGAUGCAGAUCAUCGCCUCUGGCCCCAAACCAAUCGUGGUUCACGUCGAUGACGACAUAACGAGAGAAAGUCUGAGUGCAUCUUUGGCACAAGCAAAGGCGCAAGGCUGCAUUGCAGUAGUUGUUGAUAUAGUCAGCACAGAGGAUGGUUCAGUUCUCUCCCCAGAGCGGUUCAAAUUGCUUCAGACGUGCUGCACAGAACACAAGCUCUGGUUUAUAGUUGACGAGGCGCUUGCAGCCAUCAGAUGUGGUUCCCCAUUUGCGUUCCAACGGAGCGAGUACGGCAACGAAAAGCCUGAUCUGGUCGCAUUCGGCAAGGGCUUAGGGACCAGUGGCAUCGCCAUCAACUUUGAUAGCCCCAUGACUCGUCCUCUCGGCUUCGUACAGGAAGAAGAUAUCCUUCAGACCAUCAUGUACUGGCGCGCCCUAGUCAGUCGGCCAGUAACAAUCCCAGUCCUGCUUGAGGCUAUGGGCGUUCUCUAUACUGCCCAAACUGAGAACUGGGUGCAAAGGAGCCUUAAAAUCGGGCAGACUUUCUACAGUGUCAUCCAAGCGCACUCACCAGGCGAGCCUGUAAAAGGGCUGGGGGGAUUUUUGGCCCUUGACAGAGAUAUUUCCAUGCGACUGCAUGUUAUGGCGGGGGUUAGAAGGCGAUGUCCAUGGGUUCGCUGGCUGCCCAAACUUGAUGCCGUGAACGCUGACCGUGAAGCUCUGGAGGCCCACGUGUUUGGACCACGAAGCAAAGGUCGCCGGGCAAAACUUAGUGCAGAAGCUGAGGAAAAGGGAACCCUACCACAGUGGUGCUUCUUCCCACAGCUGUCUAUGACGUCUGUUGGAUGGGAAUGGGUAUCGGGAUUAUACCUGAUGAAUUUAUCAUACCCACUGCGAGCUGCGAGAUCUAUUGGUAUCUAUGAGGCCCACACCAACCGCAGCAGUCCAACGGCUUCAACAUCGAAGACCUCCCGUUCAAAAUCGUCUGAAAAUAGAAGAACAAGGGGGUUCAUGACAGGCCGUGGCGGCGUGCCAUUUGUUGCUACACCCACCUUCGCCCUUGAUUCACUAAGUUACCAUCUGAAUUUCUUGCUAUCAUCUGCAGCAAUGGCUCGCCUCAACAGCUCCAACGAAUACACCAUAGGAUGGAUUUGCGCACUUCCUCUGGAGCGCGCGCCGGCCGAAGAGAUGCUUGAGGAAAAACAUGAAGAGCCCAAGGACUUCAAACAACCCCGGACGGACAACAACGUGUAUACAUUGGGCCGUAUCGGUGGCCACAAUGUAGUCAUUGCAUCCCUCCCAGCUGGUGAAUAUGGAACGACGCCCGCAACAGGAGUCGCAAUGUCGAUGUUAUCCACUUUUCCGGAAAUCCGAUUUGGGCUCAUGGUUGGCAUUGGAGCUGCCAUCCCGCGAGAGGGCAGGGACAUCCGACUCGGGGAUAUCGCAGUCUGCAAACCUGAUGGGAAAACCGGUGGUGUUGUUCAGUAUGAUCUAGGUAAAGCGCUGACAGACGAUGAGUUCCGGAGGAAAGGAUUUCUCAAUAGUCCCCCUGAGUUGCUCCGCAAUGCGGUCGGGAAGAUCCAAACGGAACACCUCAAGAUGGAUUCGAAAAUUCCUAUGUACAUAAGCGAGAUGCUCAAACGAUUGCCAUCGAUGGCCGAGGCCCGAGAUGGCGCGGCAGCCUAUGUCCACCAGGGAGCAAAGAACGAUCGUUUAUUCGAAGCUACGUACGAUCAUGCAGGCGGGACCGAAUGCACCAAAUGUAAUUUGACCAAGAUCAUACAACGUGAGCCCCGACGAUCGGACAAGCCACGCAUCCAUUACGGAGUGAUCGCAUCGGGAAACACGCUGAUCAAAAGUGCAAGAGCAAGGGAGAAGCUUCUUAAAUAUAGCGACGAAGAUUGCAUCUGUUUUGAGAUGGAGGCUGCGGGGCUUAUGAAUCAGUUCCCCUGCCUCGUGAUCCGCGGACUGUGUGACUACGCAGACUCGCAUAAGAAUGACCAGUGGCAGCCAUACGCCGCUGCAGCAGCUGCUGGGUACGCGAGAGAACUGCUUCACUAUCUUCCUGUACAAGAUGUUGGAAAGGUUCCCACGGCGAAUGAAACCCUGAAUCGGAAUCCAAACACGAGUUCCAAGCCUUCUAGAACCAACAAGCGCGGUGGUGAAGCUGGAACAAGUGUUCCAUCUGGCGGAUCUGGGAGUAGCAGCGCGCCACCUGGAUCUAGCAGCAGUAACCCACCAGGACCCCCUGGAUCCAGAAACCCAACAACCAAUAAUCCAACAACACCCCCUGGAACAGGUAAUCCAACGACACCGCCUGAAACCAAAAACCCGCCCAACGGUCGUGGGGAGGGUGGUCCCCAGACAAACAACAAUAAUCCCAUACGGAUCGAUGCUGUAUUCGACGGGAGAUGGCAACACCAGUGGAGGUUGAUCUGGGCCGGCCAACACAUACAGGAGAUCAACCCUAAGUUUGCCUCUACACAAAAGAUCUCUGAAAUACACUUGACUACAUUCGCCCAUACCACCUGGGCCUCGUGCAUAGUCGAAAUCGAUCUAUUCCACGCUCCCCAGCGAGUGCAAGACACCCCUGAGGUUCGAACAACCAUCUGUACCGAGGCCAGUGAUGAAUCUGUUCCAGUCGCAAGCCCAUUCUACCAACAAGUCAGCACGGAAGCUAUUACUGCUGGCCAGCCUCUCGCAGAUGGCAACAGGACUUGGAACCGCGGCGCCUAUUUCCAACCACCCGUGGCGAACUCGAACAAAUUCAAAUUCCUCGGGCGGCGCGUUAUGGGCUGUCAGGGUAAGAGCGAAGAAGGGGGACUGAAUUUGGCACCGCUCAAUGCCUCUGACUACCGUUGGAGGUUGAAGGAUCUGAAUCUCGCUGUCGGACCAGAACACCGUAUCUACGCUGUAAUUCGGACAUAUAGUUUGUGGGAUCAGUUUACUUUUAGGGCUUUGGUAAAUGUUUCAAUGUUCCGGUAA